AUGCCAGGGGAUGGCACCCUAAGUUUGCAUCUGAAGGCGCUGUGCAUACCCCACCUCGGUCUCUCAACUCCUGCGGCCCCGCUAGACCCCAGCAUCCUGCGAGUCUGGGCCAGCCUGCAGGACCUCGCCGACCCCGACUUUGGCCUUCCUCGUGCGGUCGAUAUUCUCAUCGGCGCUGAGGUCUACAGCCGUCUGCUGUGCCCUGGGUUCCAUCAGCGUGGAGAGAUCGUCGGUCAGCAUACAGCACUCGGCUGGACUCUAGUCGGGUGUGCUCCUGGGCGCCCCUUGGACAGCGCCGUCGCGUGUCCGACAUUGCACGAUGAGCUGGCUCCACCCUGGCAUCGCGAGCUCGUCAUGCUACUCCAGCGCUUUUGGGAACUUAAAGAGGUGCCCUCCGUUUGCCGCCGCGCGCCCGAUGACAUCGACUGCGAGCGGAUUUUCGCCAACUACCAGCGUGACGCGGACGGCCGUUAUAUCGUGCGUUUGCCUAUGAAGCCCAAUGCUGCACCGCUCCUCGGCGAUAGCCUGGCUAGCGCCCUGGCCUCACUGCGAUCUCUACACCAUCGCCUCCAGUGGGACUCAAAGAUGGCGACCGAGUAUAACCGCUUCAUGAGCAAGUACCUCGCCCUCGGUCAUAUGAAGCAGCUCUCCAGCCGAGAGCUCUCCAAACCGAGCAGCACGGUCUGCUACGUCCCGCACCACGGCAUCUGGCAACACGGGAACCUUGGACCAAAGUUGCGCGUCGUGUUUAACGCCUCGCAUCCAACCACGAGCGGCUACAGCCUAAACGACAUCCUGCACUCCGGGCCGAGACUCCAGGCCGCACUACCGACAGUCCUGCUGCGAUGGCGAAGACAUCGCGUCGCCUUCUGCAGCUAUGUCCAGAUGAUGUUCCGCCAAAUCUGGGUCGACCCGCGAGACGCAGACCUUCAGCGCAUCGUCUGGAGCCCCGAUCCAAGUCAGCCGCCUGUACACUAUCAACUGCGCACCGUCACUUAUGGCGCGACUUGCUCGCCCUACUUGUCACUGCGUGUGAUUCAACAACUCUGCCAUGACGAAGGACACUUGUGGCCGGACGCCGUACCUGUCGUCAUGAACGAUCGGUAUGUAGAUGACAUCCACUUGGGUGCCGAUGACCUCGAAACGGCCCGCCAGCUUCGGGAUCAAGAAGCUUGCCUGCGCCCUACGUGGCGUGAACUCAGCGACGCCGGCCUCGUCAGCGAGCUUGGCAUCAGCUGGGACCCAGACUCGGAUACUUUCCGGCUCACACCCCCGGCAGCUCGAGAACAGGACACCAAGCGGAGCAUCCUUGCUGGACUUGCGAGCCUCUUCGAUCCUUGCGGUUGGCUCACGCCGACCAUACUCCAAGCCAAGCUCCUUGUGCAGGAUCUCUGGCGCGCCCGGUUAGAUUGGGAUGAGGUCGUGCCUGCAUCAAUGGCUCUUCGAUGGUCAGCUUUCACCACUGAGCUAAAAUCAAUCCAAGGCUUCUUCAUUCCACGUUGGAUUGGAUCUUCGGCUCCGUCAAAGAUUCACCUCCACGCCUUUUCAGACGCCAGCCGCCGCGCGAUGGGCGCGGUGGUGUACUCCCAGCUGCAGGACUCCUCAGGGCAAAUCCGCUGCCGAAUUCUGCUGGCCAAGACGAAACUUGCGCCCAUCCGAAGCCUCAAGCCGUCAGCCACGCCUCAGGCUCGCAUGACGAUCCCUCACCUUAAGCUGCGUGCCGCGCUGCUUGCUGCGAAACUACUGCACUUGGUCGUCAGCGAGUGGAAUAUCCCUAUUGAGCCAUGCUACGCUUGGUGCGACUUUCAAGUCGUUCUACACUGGCUCCGCUCCGCCGAGCCGACCAACCACACUCUCGUCGACAACUACGUCACCCACGUCCAGGAGGUACUGACACCGCACAUCUGGCGCUAUGUGCUUACUCAUGACAAUCCUGCCGAUGUGGCGUCUCAAGGCACCGAUGCCCAGACUCUACACCGCCAGCAGACAUGGUGGACUGGCCCUUCCAGGCUGUCCAAAGGCCCUGAUCGUUGGCCCCAGGAGCCCUCCGAGCCGCCACAGCCCUCACCUCCUCGCCUCUGCAACGUCACGCAAAAGGUCGAGUUCGACCUUCUCCAACUGUUCUCCGAUCUGGGCGUCCUCCUGCGCACCCUCACCCACCUGCGUCGGUGGGCGAGACUCCAUCUCGGCCAAGCCCCUACACGACCGAUGCUCUCAGCACCGACGGCUACCGAGGUGACCGAUGCCUACCUCGCUUGCGUGCGCUUGAGCCAGCAGCGUGCCUUCUCUGAUGAACUUGCACUGCUUCGCACGGGCCGCGCCCUUCUCAAGCGGCACCCACUGACAUCGCUCGCAGCCUUCGUCCAUACAGACGGUGUUCUGCGUGUGGGUGGUUGCCUCCAGCACGCCGAGAUGACCUUCGCGGAGCAACAUCCACCCAUACUUGCCAGCGCUUGCCCUCUCACCACGCUUACGAUCGCGUGGGCCCAUCACCGAGCGCUCCACGGGGGCUUUCGCACCACCAGCGCGUACACCGUCAAGCGUGCUUGGAUCAUCGGUGGCACCCGGAAAGUCCAGGCUUUCCUACGCAGUUAA